AUGAGUUUCUCCGAUGACGGAUGGGGCGCGGAGGCCGAAGUGAAAGUCGCGGAAGAUGUUCCGGAAAAGAACGUUCCGCCGCCAGUGGAACCACCAAGAGCUCCCCAAAGUACUGCUAUCAAGACGGAGCCGGAAAGAAACUCCGAUGAGCCAUCAGCUGGAUUUGGAAUUGAUCCGAUUACCACUAGCAAGACUUUCGGAAGUCAAACAACACCAAAAACUGAAUUCGGUGGAGCACCAUCGUUGUCUGGGUUCGGUGGAAACGCUGCUGCUGCUGCUGCUGCAAACAAGACUUCGUUCGACCAGCAAGGUAACGGAUUUGGUGGAGCAGCGAAACAUGGAUUCGUUGGAGUCGGAGGGGCGCCGUCUUCAUUUGGUGCUAACGUUAUUCCUGCCAGCAAGCCAUCUCGCGGGCAUAAAACAACUGGAUUUGGCGGAGAACCGAAACAUGUGUCUGGUGGAGCAUUCUCGUCUGCAAAUAAGACUUCUUUUGAUCAACAAGAUAAAGGAUUCGGCGGGGCAGCAAGUUCAGGAUUCGGAAACGGAUCUAUGCUGACAAACCAGAAAGUUGGAUUAGAGAAUCAAACCACUGGAGUCGGUGCAAGUGAAGUUCCUACGAGCAAGCCGUCUUCUUUCGGACAACAACCAGCAGUGGUUUCAGGAUUUGGAGGUGCUGCGAAAAUGGGAUUCGGUGGAUCAUCCUCGUCUGGAUUCGGUGGUCAGAAAGCGGGCGCCACGGAGAGCUCUGGAUUUCCAACCAAAGAAACAUCUACAUCCCAGCCAGGAUUCGGAGGAGAUUUCAGUACAGGAUUCGGAAGUGGUUUAAAAGCUGGAUUUGGUUGUCAUGGAGCAGGCGCUGCGGAGAACUCUGGAUUACCAACGGAAACAACCGGUUUCGGAGGAAAACUCCCCUCGGCUGGAUUUGAAGCUUCUUCAUCAAAUGAAUCUGCUUUUGGCCAACAAUCUAAGGGAUUUGGUGGAGCAACGAAAAACGGAUUCGGAGGAGAUUCCAGUUCAUCGUUCGGAAGUGGUUCUAAAGCUGGAUUCGGUGGAACAUCCUCGUCUGGAAUCGGUGGUCAAAAACCGGGUGCCACGGAGAGCUCUGGAUUUCCAACCAAAGAAACAUCUACAUCUGGAGGAACUUUUGGCUCUGGUUUCGGAGGAAAGCCGACCUCGACUGGAUUUGGUGCUCCAUCAACAACAGAUUCUUCUUCCGGUCAACAAACUGCAGGAUUUGGUGGCGCAUCGAAGCUAGGAUUCGGUGGUCAUAGAGCAAGCACUGCAAAGAAUUCGGGAUUACCAACGGAAACAACCGGUUUCGGAGGAAAACUCCCCUCGGCUGGAUUUGGAGCUUCUUCAUCAAAUGAAUCUGCUUUUGGCCAACAAUCUAAGGGAUUUGGUGGAGCAACGAAAAACGGAUUCGGAGGAGAUUCGAGUAACAGUUUUGGAAAGCGAGACUCUGGCUUUGGUGGUCCACAAGAUCAAGGAUUUGGCGACACUGAUGCACCUUCAAAAUCCGGCCUUGGAAGCUUCAAUACAGGAGGUGGAGCUGCCAAAUCAGCUUUCGGAGCCGCUGGCUUUGGUUCCAGUUCAAACUUCGGCAAUGGAAACACGUUUGGGGAGCCCAGCGACAAUCAACGUGGCAAUUGGGAUGGCGGAGAGCGACCAAGAGGAUGCCAUAAUUGCGGCGAAGAAGGUCAUAUUUCGAAAGAAUGUGAUAAGCCAAAAGUCCCACGUUUUCCUUGCCGAAAUUGUGAGCAACUUGGUCACUUUGCUUCCGACUGUGAUCAGCCCCUGCCGCAACUGUGGAAUAGAAGGUCAUUUUGCUGUCGAUUGUGAUCAACCAAAAGUGCCUCGAGGCCCCUGCCGCAACUGUGGACAAGAAGGUCAUUUCGCAAAAGAUUGUCAGAACGAGAGAGUGCGCAUGGAGCCAACAGAGCCAUGUCGUCGUUGCGCUGAAGAAGGCCAUUGGGGUUACGAGUGUCCGACCAGACCAAAAGAUUUGCAAGGAAACUUCCUCGAAUCGUAUGAUUUUGUCUUCACGCCAGACGAUAAAAUGUUUGAAGAUGCAGUCAAUAACGAUGAUAAAAUCGACUUCGAUCAGAAGGUUGUGGCAUCCACUGGAAAGGUUGAAAUUCCUGACAUGGCAUCAUUCGAUGGUUUCAAAGUUCUCCCACAAGACCUCCAUGACAACUUGAAGCGCAUGAAGAUGAACAGACCAACACCGAUUCAAAGAGCGUCGUUCUUCCCGAUCAUGCAUGGCGACGAUGUUGUUGCAUGUGCACACACUGGAAGUGGAAAAACACUUGCUUUCUUGAUACCAUUCGUCAUCAAGCUGAUGGAAGAAUUUGAGAAAGAUCGAGACGUCACUGAUGAGAAACCUUCUCCAAGACUUCUCAUUGUUGCUCCCACUCGUGAAUUGGUUAACCAAACGUUCACAACUGCUCGCCAGCUGACAUAUGAAACGGGAUUGAAGUGUGGAUUGGCCUUCGGAGGCUACUCUCGUAAUGCCAACGUGCAACACCUGCGAAGUUUCAGUCAGCUCAACAUUUUGGUUGCCACUAUGGGAAGACUGCAGGAUUUCGUGAAUGCCGGAGAAGUAUCUCUUUCAAAAAUGAAAUACAUCGUACUGGAUGAAGCUGAUCGUAUGGUCGACAGCAUCGACUUUGGAGAGGAAGUGAGCAAGAUUAUCGGAUCGCCGGGGGAGCGUACUCAGCAAACUGUGCUGUUUAGUGCAUCCUUCUCUGAAGAUCUUCAAUCCGACGACCUGCCAAAGUUCGUCAAAGAGGGUUACACUAUGCUGCAAGUCGACAAGUUCGGAACAGCUAAUGAAAAGAUCGACCAGAAGAUUCUUCCUGUGCCUCGAACCGAGAAACGAGACGCGAUUUACAAGCUUCUCGGAAUUGAUGAAAACACUGUGACUCUCUUGCCGGACGCACCCAUCGAGAAACAAAAGACGCUGAUCUUCGUGAACUCGGUGAAGUUCUGUGACACUCUUGCGGCUCUCAUCUCGAGUGCUGGCGUUAGCACUAUUUCGAUGCAUAGCUACCAAAAUCAAGAACAGCGUGAUCGUACAUUGGAUGAUUUCCGUCGUGGUAAAUACUAGUGUAUGGUAGCUUCGAAUGUGUGUGCUCGUGGAUUGAAUAUUGCCGGGCUCGAUCAUGUCGUCAACUACGAUAUGCCGGAUAAAAAUGGCUUUGAUGAGUAUGUCAACCGUAUCGGACGUACUGGAAGAGCUGGAUUCACCGGAACGUCGACUGCAUUCGUUGACGUGGAGAACGACACGGACAUUAUUCCAUGCCUCGUCAGUAUCUUGAACGAAGACAAGAAAGAGGUUCCAGAGUGGCUCACCGAAGGAGCUGGACAUCAGGAAGAAGGUGGCGACGAUUGGAAUGAGCAGGAGCAGGAGUGGUGA